CGGUGGAUCAGAGCGCACGGCUCAGUCGGAACAGGGAGGAGAGGACUGGACACACCGGGAACUUUCACUCCUGGAACUCACUAAAACUGGUCAUAAGACAUCAGGCCGAGGAGAAGGGCUCUGCUGGAAUAUUGAUCGGAAAAGUUUGUCCUUUUACGCAUCACAGCACCGCGGUCCGAACUAAACAGUCGUGGACUUGGACCUCCGCUGCCAGGCCUGAAGCGUGACCCCAGUGCGUGGAUGUGAGUUCCUUUGAGUGUGCUUUAAACAGCUUUGUUCCAUUGAGUGAGCCGACAUCUUGUGAGGAUGAGGGCUGUCGCACUGUUGUGUCUUUUCAUGGCCGUGGAGGUCAGAGCCUCCAGGUUCAUCCGUGACUCCCAGGGUUCGCCCGAAGCUCUAGAACCCCUCAAGAGCAACACUUCGGCUCUGAUUCCACCUCCACAGCCGGGCCGACCGCGAAACUCCUUCCCCCCCAUGUGCGUAAAGCCUACGGAGAUCAAGCACGCCUUCAAGUACGUGAACACCAUCAUAUCCUGCCUGAUCUUCGUGGUGGGGAUCAUCGGCAACUCAACGCUGCUCAGGAUCAUAUAUAAGAACAAGUGCAUGAGGAACGGACCCAAUGUUCUGAUUGGCAGCCUGGCACUGGGGGACCUGCUUUAUAUCAUCAUCGCCAUCCCCAUCAAUGUGUUCAAGCUGAUAGCAGAGGACUGGCCGUUUGGGGUGUACGUCUGUAAGUUGAUGCCGUUCAUCCAGAAGGCCUCGGUGGGAAUCACUGUCCUCAGCCUGUGUGCGCUCAGCAUUGACCGUUACCAUGCAGUCACGUCUUGGAGCAGGGUGAAGGGGAUGGGGAUCCCUCUGUGGAAAGCAGUGGAGGUGACACUGAUCUGGCUGGUUGCUGUGGUGCUGGCAGUCCCCGAGGCGCUGGCGUUCGACAUGCUGGAGAUGCCAUAUAGAGGCAACAAGCUGCGCAUCUGCCUGCUGCAUCCAGAACAGACCACCAGCUUCAUGAAGCACUACCGGGAGGUCAAAGAUUGGUGGCUGUUUGGCUUCUAUUUCUGCUUCCCACUGGCCUGCACUGGAAUCUUCUACACGCUUAUGUCCUGUGAGAUGCUCAGUCGCAAAAAAGGCAUGAGGAUCGCGCUCAAUGACCACAUGAAACAGCGGAGGGAAGUAGCGAAGACAGUGUUCUGCCUGGUGCUGAUUUUUGCUUUCUGCUGGCUGCCCCUUCAUCUCAGCCGCAUUCUGAAGAAAACAAUCUACGACCAAAAUGACCCCAACCGUUGCGAGCUGCUCAGCUUCCUCUUGGUGAUGGAUUACAUCGGAAUCAACAUGGCCUCUUUAAACUCCUGCAUUAACCCGAUUGCCCUCUACUUUGUCAGCCAGAAGUUUAAAAAUUGUUUCCAGUCUUGCCUGUGCUGCUGGUGCUACAGAUCGUCUCCUCUUCGUGAACGAGGCUCUGGAGGACGCUGGAAGGGCUCCUGCCACGGAAACGGACUGGAUCGUUCCAGCUCCCGCUCCAGCUACAGUCAGAAAUACACAAGCUCUUCAUAAACACCCACACGGAUUGCGAAUUGUUCUACCAAACCAACGUUCCCUUUGUCAGCUCCCGUCGUGGAGAAUCUGCUACGUCACUGCCAACAUAUCAGAUCUGAGUCAGGAGGGUAAAAAAUACUUCUGCAGGACUCACUGGAGACUGAAAGACUCAGAGAUCAACCCAAACUGCUGAAUGAAAUAACAGGACUGUGCCUUGUCCAGGUUUUAACGCUUAAAGCUAUAAUGAAACCACAAAAAUGUGUUCAUUCUUCAACCCUGAGGCUCAUGUAGUGGACUUAAAGGCUCUCAGUGGACCAUAUACAUUUAUAAAGAAUGUUUAUUCAAGCUACUUGUAAAUUUAUGUACAGUAUUAUUUACAUGUAGAGUGCAGACUUAUGGCUAUAUCUCGACUUAGUGCUUCAUGUAUGGAUAAGCACUGAUAAAUACUACCUGUUGAAGCUUUAAUACCUCACGGUGGAAAGCUAGAGGGAAACUGUGACCCUGAGUGUUGUUUCGAAAGUUGCAUUUUUUUUUAACUAAAAUGCACAUUUGUGUCUCUGCAUACAAGAUAAGUUGAUUACCUGACAAUCAGUUGCAGGUUGUCACUGCUCAAAGCCCACGAGUGACAUCAUACCAGAGUGAAAUGAGCCCCACUGUUUAUCUUCCAGCCAUGUGGAGAGUCAAGCAUUGGGAAUCUUUUAAUCUGGAGAUCAUCAUUGCUUUAAGUCAUGUGGAGGGCAGCUGUUGACUGAGAACACUAACAAACACCAGACGAUUCCUGUCAUGCCACAUUAUUAGUUCUUUUAUUGUUGCAGUACUCUUGUUUUAUGUUUCAUUGGUCUCUGUUCACACUGUGUAUCAAAUCUUAACUCGUCUCUUACAAUGUAGCUUCUAUUUUUCUACGAAAAUAUCACAAAACCAGCGUUGAAUAUUUCACCUCCACUGAGGCGUGGUGGUGUCACAAAGCUUUUCCUAUGGCUGGAAAUUCCUCUGAAAAUUACUUCUAAUGAGCUGCUUAAGGAAGACGUGUUUUUAGUUUACCCAUUUAUAUGCUUUAGGAAUGAAAAUGUUAAAAAUGAGUGUUUCAGCUGAGAUUAAAUUACUUUAACUACAUUUGGAUCAUAGAAAUUAUAUAUAUAUAUAUGUGUGUUUGUGUGUGUGUGUGUGUGUGUGUGUGUGUGUGUGUGUGUGUGUGUGUGUGUGUGUGUGUGUGUGUGUGUGUGUGUGUGUGUGUGUGUGUGUGUGUGUGUGUACAAUGAUGCACCUAACAGCUAGUUAUGGUGUUUGGCAUGUAGAAGAUACUGAGCAGGACCAGCUGAUUCUGAUUUUGUAUCAAGAUGAGAAGGGGAUACGAGCUAAGUGAUAUUGUUGGGAAACAGAUGGCAGGAGCUUCAGUCACAAACACUGUUUAACUGGCUAGUGUUCCAAUAGGCGCUCUGAUUAAAGGAUCGCAGCGACUGAAAUUGGGGGACGUGAUCAUACUAUCAGCAAGAACAGUACGUCAACACUGACAUAGAGAGGGAUAGUAUAGUAGGGUUGCAGUCGAUAAACCCCUAACUGCAAAGAUGAAUGCAUAUUUAAGAGUUCAGUGAUGCAAAAACCAGAUGUGCCAGUCCACAGAGAUGUGGAAAAGGCGAUAUGGUCAGAUGAGUCAUCCAUUGUCAUACGGUUUUGAAUGCUUGACUCCUACAAGGGGAUGUAGGAUCUGGUCGUUCUGGUAUGUCAUGGGGGGCAUUUUGCUGACCUCCUUAGAUGGAACGGUCAAUGCAGAUCAUUACAAAGUUGUUCUCAGUGAGUUGGUGAGUGGGCACAAAGGGUCACUAAAUUGUUUAGUAGAAACCGUUGCGAAUCCUUCACAGUCUCCACAUCUCAACCCAGUUGAACAUCAAUAGGAAGUUUUUGACUGACAUGUGCUAUCCUCCACCAUCAUCAACGCACCACAUGAGGAAAUACAUUUCGAAAGAAUGGUGUUCACCCCUCCAGCAGAGUUCCAGAGACUUGGAGAACUUGGAGACUAAGGAGCAUUGAAGCUAUUCUGAUGGCACAUGGUAGCCCAACAACUUACCAAGAAGCAUUAUAUUGGUUUUCCUUUAAUUUGUCAUAUAUGCUUUUAUUAAAUAUAGUGAAAUUCAAGAUAUGUAACUAAAUUAACGUGUUUAACUGAUAUCAUCUGUGAAGGAGAUUUGCAGGCAAAGAAUCUUGUAAGAAAUAAGAAAUGAAAUAUUUGAGAAAGAGAGAAAGGUUUCCCUUUAUUUAUGUUAGUCAUUUCAGACUUAGGGUAGUAAGAGAGACCAGCAAGUGAUAAGUAGCUACAGACUCGUGAGAAAUCCUGUCAGUGCCAAAGCAGCAAGACAUUUGUCUUCAUUGUAAUGUGGGAAAGUAAGAGCCUAUACAAGCUCAGGAUUUUCAUCAUCUUCUACUUUUUUAAUUUGCUCUCAGUGCACCAUGAAAAAACACUAUUACAAGAGCAGCCUGAUAAAACAUGUUUGUGCUGAGAUCAGACAAUGUGUUUAUUCAUACAGAAGCGACAAAAAUAGAGUAGAUCUGCGUUUAUUAUGCUAUUGCUUGGAUACAGAAUUUCCGUUGCCACCGUGUUAAGAGUUUGCAAUAUCAGCUGAUCGUACAGAAUGUGACUCAUUAAACUCAUAUCUAUUUAUGACAUCUUCGUCCUGGUUGGAGCUGAAUCCAAAAGCAACUGUGUGCUGGAAGCUCAGAGCAGCUUUAUGAGUGUCUUCAUCGAGGGACCACCAAGUUAAAACCUGUAGCAGUAAUUCUGAAGUUGAAGAUAUAUGUGACUAUUGUCCCUUUACAUUUAUACUGUACUUAUUUGUUCAGAGAAUGCAGUAAUAAAUAUUAUUUUAUAGCA